AUGCUCCGCUCGCUCCUCUCAAUAACGGGUCUCCAACGCGACGAUUACAUCUUCCCGACCGUCGAUCCCAAACAAGAUGGCCCCGACUGCAAGAAAGACUGCGCGGACUGCACACUGAACUUCCCAGACAAAGUAAAGGUCGAGACAUCGCUACCGCUAUACGGCCGUAUCAAGCAGUUCCACACGCACGUCCUGGUCGCGACGGGGAGGUCCGACUGGAAGCAGCAUGUCGAGCAAGAGCGAGGAAGCCUGAUGGAGGCCUUCGACGGUGGUCUUACCUGCGCAGUAGCUGAUCAGGGGACGCUUCAGCGCAUGAUGGUCUCCGCGUCGAACCUGAAGCCUCCAGAAGACGAUGGAGAAGGGACUGCGAGAGGAAACGGGACCACCAUCCUUCUUCUUCCAUCUUUCACCUUUGUCGACGGAGUGGAUCCCAGCGACGUCCGAGAGGUCGUCAGCCACUUCAUCGACACUCCGCUGUCACAGCACUCAAAAACAAACACAUCACCCAAUGUUCGGUUAAAAUCCCGACCCUGCGAGUAUGACUAUGUCGUGCUCCUCUGCUCUCACAAGCGACGCGAUGCACGAUGCGGCAUUACAGCGCCCCUAAUCAAGCGCGAGCUCGAACGCCAUCUCCGGCCACGUGGUUUGUACCGCGACGCCGAUGACGAGCGUCCUGGUGGGGUUGGGAUCUUCUUUGUCUCCCAUGUCGGCGGGCACAAGUUCUCGGCGAACGUGCUGGUCUACCGCAAGAAGGAGCAGCAGAUGAUCUGGCUAGCGAGAGUCCGGCCUGAGCACUGUGAGGGCAUCGUCAACUAUACGCUUCUGCAGGGGAAAGUCGUACACCCGGAUUUUCAGCUGCGCGGCGGCUUUGACCGGUUGAAGGGGUUGACGAGUUGUUGGUUAUCCUCAAGCCAGGAAAGCAACGCAGGCGGCCAAAGGUAUCGUGUAUGCCUUGCCGCACUCGCAAGAUCAAAUGCAAUCGAGAAAGAUCCUGCAGUAACUGCCUACGCUCUAGGACCGGGACUUGUCUAUGAGACCCUCGGCCACUCUUCAUUCUCUUUCAAUCAGCAACUCACACCUUCACCUGAGUCGUCGAAAUCUGCAACCGGUGCAUCCGGUAUAUCCAGCCACGUAUCCUCUUUGGCGGCCGAGCCCAGCCCAGACAAUGAGACGAGCAGGUUAAAACUCAGGAUCCAGUACCUCGAAAGCCAGAUCGCGAGUGCUACUCCUUUCGCCCGUGAUGUACAGCCAGAAUGCAGCAUCGAGGCAACGAGCUCUCACCUAAGUGGGACAUUCCACCUCCAUUACAAGAGACAUCCCGAACAUGCGGAGCCUAUCGCUCGUGGGUUCAGCCUCAAGACACGCCUACUGGGUCAGAGUCACUGGGUAGUCAGCAUCGCCUAUCUGGCUCGUGACUUGUUCAAGUCCAUCGAGCCCUGCAUGCAAGAGUUAUCGGACGCCUGGAUCGGCCUGCUCAAAGCACAGCCGGCAUCUUCCUGGCCCCUACUGGCGUCUGAGUUGCCCUUGCGAGAUAUUUGCGAUACACUAUCUAACCAUUACUUGCAGAGAACCGAGUCAUUUUAUCGGAUUCUGCAUAUUCCUAGCUUUUGCAGAGAAUAUGAGAAGUUCUGGGAGCCUGGAGCAGUGCGAAACCCGGCUUUCAUGGUCCAGCUCAAGCUGGGCUCUGCUCAGGAAGCAAUCUACAUGGGUCUCCAUCGCAACCCAAGCCAUCUCCUGCAGAGGUCGAUAUUCGCCGCUGAGAUGCACCGAAGUUUACCUUGCGGCGGCGCCCCUCUGAUCUCUCUCGACGACUUUGAUACAAGCCCUCCCAAGAACUUUGACGAUGAGCAGCUCGAGACUGGUGACCCAUCACCGAAGCCUCAAGCCGAAAUGACACAAGUAUCCGUGGCAAUAGUACUGCGCAGGACCCUACCCCAGCGUCUAGCAGUCGUCAAGUUACUCAACGACCUUUAUACCCUGGGAUCAUAUAAGCAGACACUCCGGCUCGAUGCUGAACUGCGAGCAGCGUAUAGAGAGCUUUGCCAGACAGUCAUGGUUGCUAUGGAACUCCGAGCGCAGCUGCAAGAAGACGCUGGUCUGAACCCUGUUCCGCUACGCUCAGAUCUCCUUUCUGUGCUGAACGAUGUGAAGUCGCGGUGUCUGAGAGUUAUAGAAGCUGGCGAGACAAAUAUCAAGGGUAAUCUGUUGUGGCGCAGGAUGGCAGGAGCUUAUGACCAGGAUAGAGAUCUCGGGGCAGAGGUGGUCAGUAAUAUACCAAUGGAUAUAAUAGAUAACUGGGACUUCAUGGCAUCGGAUCUAGCAGCAUCUGCUCUUCUUGACGCUACGAACCCAAUGAGCUGGAUAUGA